UACACCUUUUCCAGCAGUAUUUCGAGUUAACAUCAAAGGUCUUGCGUGAAGUCAGCAGCUUUGGGGGGAAUCCCAGAGUUGCGAACAUUGAGCUGCAAACAGCGACAAACGGCAGCAGCAGCAGCACAGAAGCUGAUCACCGGAUUUGCAAGUGGAGUGGACUGGCAUUUCCUGCUCCAGGGGGAAAUCUCAUUCUUUUUUUUUUCAGAGGCUCCACAGCGAUCCUAAUUGAUGGACCUCAAUUACAAUCCACGGGGAGAAGGAGGACACAUGCCAACAGGAUCUCGUGAAGAAAGAUUAACGGAGAUAUCUUCACUGGUAGCCACCCACCUAAAGUCGAUGGUGUCAAAUUGAACAAACAUUUAUUACACGUGUAUAAAAGACAAGUGCAUUGAUGCAUACCGGGUAUUAUUUACUUGGCUUUGAACUAGCUGACCAUUUACCUUAUAUAAAAAGGACAGACAGAGACACGGUUAAACAUACUUGAAGAGACUUUUCAGUCAUCCCCACUGUGCAUUGGACCCAUUUGAAACUUGUCCACAGGAAGGGGGGGGGAAACAAAAAUCAACUUUCAGAGAUGGGCGGUCGGAAAUGGCACACUUUGCUGGGCAUCGUCUUUCUGUUGGUCACUCCAGGUCACUCUGAAAGCAUAACAGAGCCCAGAGCGAAAGAGAAACACUCACUUGUAGACCUGAUCUUGGCAGGCGUGGGGGAUAGCACUCAUGGGGGCAAGAACUUAGUCAAACGCUACAGCAACUUAUUUCCCUUGGACAAAGACUACAAACAUUCCUCUAAAGAAACACCUGCCUUAGUCUCAACGCUGGACAAGUCUCUAGAAAUUGCUGCAAGAGACCUCAGCUUGAAAGACAAGUAUAUAUUGUCUUUUGGAGGAGUUAUCAACUUCCCACCUGAAUGCAGCAAAUAUUUUUUCCGGAUCUAUAAUAAUACAAAGGACUGUACCACACCAAGUUUUUAUAGACGAUGUGCAAGAUUGCUAAAACAAUUAUCCUUGAGUCCAUCAUGUAGACAACAGUAAAUGUUUUUCAUAGUCAUUUGGCUGAAGAUGGAAACAUGAUUUGCCUAGAAAGUGCCUUGAAAAUUUCCCCAAGAUGGAUUUGAACUACAGUUAAUAUUGUUUUGGUUUACAGCAUUGUUUGUUUUUAAUUGCUGAAUGAUUUUUAUUUUCAUAUGUAUGUGAGAACAUUCCAUUUGUUGUGUUAAACAAACAUAUUUUUAAUUUAUAAGAUCAUAGCAUAGAAUUGAAAUAAAUCAAUUAUUUAUUGAAAUAUUUGUAUAUAUUGACAUGCAAUGUUGAGAUAUUCUGAAAGCUAUGGAAAAGCCGAGUUGUGUAAAGUAAUAAGUAUGAAUCCCCAUUAUAUGCUCUCCCUUCUGAUAAAAUGCUAGAAAUGAGAUUGUAGAGCUUUGAGAUGUCUCAAAGACGUGAUAAGGCGCUAUAUCAAAUAAAAAGAUUAUUAUUAUAGACCAGUCACAAGUGCUACAAGACUGGUAAAGUCCCAUUUUUUUUUAACACAAAGAAAUAAUAAUAAUAAUCCUUGUAUUUGAUAUCGUGCUUUUCAAGUCUUCUAGACAUCUCAAAGCAAUUCACAUAAUAGACUGAAUUGACUGUAUAUUUGUGGACGAAAUGCGGCAGCCAAUUGCACACAACAGUGUCCCACAAACAGUCGUGGAUUGAAAUGACCAAUUUUUUUUUGAGGGAUUAUUAUCAAGCGUGUGGAGUAAGGAAACUUGCCCAAGAUUUCAUCCUGCCGUGAAUUGAAUCCCGGUCGCUUGCUUGCAAAGCGAGUGCUCUAACCACUGAGGUACAGGACUCCACAUCACUCUAAAUGUCAAUCUAAGUAGCAGGAAGGAAGUUAAGAAGGAUGAAACUUUUGAACAUGAUAAGAGUCAACGUUCUAUUCCUUCUCAUGUCAUGAAAGGAUCCUCAUUACAUGAUCCUCAGUUUGUGAUACUCAAAGCUUCUGGACGCAAGCUGAAUAGAAGGCACCCUAGUUCCCAUAGCAAAUGUUCACAGGAUGAAAUUGUAUUCUCUCUUCAGCAAUCCCCUUCCUCUGUGUCCACACUUGUAACAAUAGCUUGCCUUACUUUGAGGUGCAUGUGUUCAUGACAUCAACUGAGGGCAUAAAACUGUUCACAUUGAUUUCUUUAUUUCAUCUGAUUUAUUAGACUUCUCUCAAAGCUUCUGAAAUUGACCAAUCUGACUUGCUGAUCAUUCUAUGGUGAUAAUGUCAUUGUAUUGUACCUCUACCAUUUAUGCUUGGGCUAAUUUCCAUUGUUUGCAAUGACUUUGAAUGCAAGAUAUGUAAUGCAGCUUUCAUAGGGAGCAGUAAGAUGAACAGAUUCCCUUACAAAUAAUAAUAAAAAAAAGUUUGUUGCAUAUGGUCUGAAGCUUUGCCCCAAAUACUGCACAUUGAAAAUCUAGGCACAAAAUGCACCAUGUUUUGGUUGGAAAUCAUUAGUAUGAUUUGUACUGGCAUUUAUGUAAAAGAUUGCAAAUACUGAAAAUAAUGCAAAAGACUGGAAUACUACAAUGCAGUUUGAUUGAAUAAAUUAUAGUAAUAAUCAA